GAUGGUCGAGAUUAUAGAGGAUCAUUAGAUCAUACAAUGGAAGGAGCAACUUGUCAGAAAUGGUCAUCUCAGUAUCCACAUAAACAUAACAGUAAACCUGGACGUACUGAUAAAGAUGAUAAAGACGGUCUUGGAGAUCAUAAUUACUGUAGAAAUCCGUCUGGUCAACGUCGGAAACGUCCCUGGUGUUACACUGCCAAAAGGGGAGUGAAGUGGCAAUAUUGUGAUGUUUCGGUUUGC